AUGGCGACGGCGGAGGCGGGCAGCGCCAGCGGCGCGGGCGCCGCCUACGAGGAGGAGCGCCGGAAGCGGAUCCUCGACAACCUCAAGCACCUCGAGGAUUUGGGCAUAUCGAAGAUGGCCAAGAGCCUGAUCCAGGCCACGAGGCAGCAGGACAAGACCCCUCGGGCGAGCCCAAAGUCCAGGAAGAAGUUCGAGGCCACCACUGAAGUCAGGCGCUCCUCCAGGGCCAGGACCACUGUUUCCUACAAGGAUGAUUUUCCGGAACUUGAUGAUUUUGUGCGCCGCAGAAGGAUAAGUAAAAGUGUGGACAAUGGUAGGGGAUACACUGGGAGAAUUUCUUCUUAUCAACAACAACAGCGUGCUUUUAAAAGAGCUGAGAAACUUCAAGAUAGUCUAGACCCUGACAACCCGUCGUUUGUCAAGACCAUGGUUCGAUCACAUGUAUCCAGCUGCUUUUGGCUUGGUCUCCCUUCUAGUUUCUGCAAAGAUCAUCUGCCUCCCAGAGAACAUAAGAUGGUGUUGGAGGAUGAAGAGGGUGUUGAAUUUGAUGCCGUAUACAUCGGAAAUCGAACAGGUCUGAGUGGUGGAUGGAGAGGCUUCUCAAUGCACCAUGACUUGGAAGAUGGGGAUUCAUUGGUCUUUGAAUUGGCUGAACCUGACAGAUUUAAGAUUUACAUUUUUAAAGCUAUCGAAGAUGGAAAAGAGGCCGAGCCUAAUGAUAAGAAUACUGAUGUGGACAGUGAUUCAGCCCAGGAAGUUCCUGACCAGACGGAUUCACCUGUUUCUGAACCCCCUUCCAGCCCUGAACCUCUAAAAGGAGCUAAAAGAAGAAAGCUCCCUUCCAGCCCUGAACCUCUAAAAGGAGCUAAAAGAAGAAAGCUCCGUGGGCGACGGUAG